UAAACUGCGCAUAGACGUGUAGGUUUAGUGCAGAGACAUUGCUUGAAGCAUUUCUGUUAGUAUUUUGUGAUGCUACGAUGAUAUGCAGAGCUAGAGUACUCCAGUUUCCUACUUUCUCGUUACAACAGCAGAUUUUAUGGAGAGUGAUGGGGUUGUCAUCCAUUGGCGCUUCCAUAGAAGCCCCUCGAUUACUGACAAGAUAUGAAAAACCUCCUGGUAUGAAGCUACAAGGAUCACAUGCUUUGGUUGCAAGAGAGCCAGGAGUGAUCAAGGCUGCACAGAUCAAGUCAGCUCGUUUAGUCAUUGCUCGCACUAUCACUAGACGCGGAAAACUUUGGAUUAGAAUCUUUCCCGACUUACCUGUCACUGGAAAAGCUGUAGGAGUUCGUAUGGGCAAAGGAAAAGGGACAGUGAAAUACUGGGUCAGUUAUGUAAGAGCCGGACAACUUCUGUUUGAAGUUGAUGAUACUCAAGAAACUCUGGCUGAGCAAGCUUUAUCUAAAGCAAUGUACAAGUUUGGUAUCAAGACAAAGGUCGUAAAGAAGGGUGAUCCUUGGCUGCCUUCUGCGAAUGUCUCGGCCAGACUUCCUGGUGGACGAGUAAAGCCUAAACCCAUGUUUUGGUCUAAGAAGCAGAUCAGAAAAGGAAAACUCGAUACUCGAGCAUAAAGAAACUGCUUUGCUGUGCUUCACUGUUGACAUAUAAAUUUUCUCUAGAAAAUGACACCAUAAUUAUGAAUAGAAAAAGACCAGCUAGGAUGUUUAACCUUGUGAUGUUAUUGAUCAAUGCAUAAUAAUCCCAGACACUCUUUGUCACGAUAUAUAUCUGUAUGUGUGAUGAAUGCUGAACAGAAUGCACUCUUGGUGACUGUAGAC